CAACGUUUGGUGUGCGACGACUCUCGUCUCGUCUACUGUGUCUCUGCAGCUAGCUCUCAGUGUGUUGUGGCGCCUCCGUGUGCGUCCUGUCCAGCAUUUCGCGUACCGCUGCGCGUUCCGUGUGCCCCCCGGUUCCCGACUCACGCAACUAAAACUUGGAAUAAAACAUAAAACAAAGCGAGCAACAAUCAACGAUCUAAUUUGAUUUGCUCUUGGUUCAAUUUGUGCAACGAACAGAAACGAUUUGGAAAUACAAAAGGGAAACGUGAUCUGCCAGUGUGCCAUUCACCACAGCCAAAAAAGGAUUAAGCAGAAUAGAAACGAGCUCCGAGCCACCCAUACGUCAAGGAUUUAACACUGCCCGAAGACACAACGAGAGGCAACAUCCACCACAGCGACGGAGUGAAGAAGAAAGCCACAGAGAAGCGUCGAAGACGACGACGACGAAGAAGAAGAAGCAGCAGCGAAACCAAAAAAACAAAUAAACAAAAUACAUCACUUUUUUUGUGUUGAAUUCCAAAACGCCAAUUUGGAAUUUCAAUUUCAACAGAGAGAACAGAACACACAGAACCAGAUCAAAAUGGGACACCACCUGACGCGACGCAGUUGCCUCUUGGCCAUAGUUCUAUGCUUGAUAUUCAACACAAAGCAUCUGUCGGUGCAUGGCGAUGCCUCACACAUUGAAUCCGCUGCCUUGCCGCUGGAACACAGAGCUGGCUAUGGGCCACCGGCGCCCAUUUAUGGCGCACCCCAGGGUCCAUUGAGCACUGGCGCCACCAAUGAUCUGUCCGAGGAGGCCUGGCCGCUGGCCAGCACCAACGACAGUCCGCAGAUCAAGCAUCUGCAGGUGCAGUGCGAGAAGACCCACAUGCGGGUGAACAUUGAGUUCGAUCGCCCCUUCUAUGGCAUGAUCUUCUCCAAGGGCUUCUACAGCGAUCCGCAUUGCGUGCACCUCAAGCCGGGCACCGGCCACCUGAGCGCCACCUUUGAGAUCUUCCUGAAUAGCUGCGGCAUGACCAGCUCGGCCAAUCACAAUGCGGCCGGCUACGGCGCACCCACGCCCUCGGGCAGCUACGUGGAGAACACCAUCAUCAUCCAAUACGAUCCCUACGUGCAGGAGGUGUGGGAUCAGGCACGCAAGCUGCGCUGCACCUGGUACGACUUCUACGAGAAGGCCGUGACCUUCAGGCCCUUCCAGGUGGACAUGCUGCACGCGGUGACGGCCAAUUUCCUGGGCGACAAUCUCCAGUGCUGGAUGCAGAUCCAAGUGGGCAAGGGACCCUGGGCCUCCGAGGUCUCUGGCAUUGUGAAGAUUGGCCAAACGAUGACCAUGGUGCUGGCCAUCAAGGAUGAUGAGAACAAGUUCGAUAUGCUCGUCCGCAACUGCGUGGCGCAUGACGGCAAGCGGGCGCCCAUACAGCUGGUGGACCAGAACGGCUGCGUUGUGCGGCCCAAGAUUAUGAGCAAGUUCCAGAAGAUCAAGAACUUUGGGCCCUCGGCCUCCGUUGUGAGCUUCGCGUACUUCCAGGCCUUCAAGUUCCCCGACUCCAUGAACGUGCACUUCCAGUGCGUCAUCCAGGUGUGCCGCUACAACUGCCCCGAGCCCAAGUGCGGCCCCGGCCUGCCCGGCGGCGAGUACGGUCUGCCCCAGCUGGGCGGCAACGGUUUGUCCGAGGAGUAUGGUCCACCAGAGGCUUACGAACGCAACGACUUUGCUCUGGGCGGUCUGCCGCCAGCAGCGUAUCCCGAUCCACGCCAUCCCGCCUCCGAUGCCACCGGCGCGUACUCCGAGAACCAGCCCGAUGUGGUGCCCUCGCCCCAGGCUCAGACUUCCUCCGCUGUGCCCACAGCCGACUCUGCAGCAGGACCGGGCUCUGGACCAGCCAGCUCUCAGUCGCCACAACAGGCACAGGGCAGCAGCAACGAGUUGGGUCUGCCACCGCCGCCACUGCCCGGCCAGCCUGGACAGUACAGCACCGUGAAGCGCAAGGAUGAUCUCAGUGCUGGCGGCAAUCUGGUCUCGCUCGGCGGACGCCCGCGUUCCGUUGAGGGUCUCGAUGACUUGAGGGGCGUGCGCCGGCGUCGCGACACCAUGGACAUUGUGGUGAAGCCGCAGCGCAUCUACAAGCGCAACGCACAGGAGAUGACGGACGUGAACACGAGCCGCAUCAUUCAGGUGGUGGCGCCGGGCGAUGUCAACUUUGCCCUCAACAGCAAUGCCAGCAACGAGACGGUGGUGAUUCAGUCGGCACGCUCCGCCGAUGCCGAAACCAUUUGCAUGUCGGUGCCCAGCUUUGUGGGUGGCCUCGUGAUGCUGCUGCUCGUCCUGGCCGUUGCCUCUCUAGUCGCCGCCUUUCUCUUUGUGCGUGUGCGUCACUUUGAUCGCAAGGGCGCGGGCAUGGCUUACGUGAACUAAAAAGGAAAUGGAAUCAUCGAUCAGCAGCAACGACGAAACGGCGUGAACAGAAAACCAAAUCAGUUUUAUGUGCACUAUAUGGAUUCACCUCCCCUCCUUUGUCAUUCUCAUACUUCACACACUUCCCAACACUAUUUAUCAUGGUGAAUUACUAACAAGGUGACGUUCUCCGCUAACUUGUUCACCACGCUCAAAAAGACAAGCGGUAGAGAGUGCCCGUGGUGAAGACGACACCUUGUAAGUAAUGUCAGCAGGAUCCCACUCAUUUGUCCCACUAUUUAUUUAUUUUUUGGUUAUUUAUUGAGCUGCCACGCGUCUCGAAUGGUUUCUAUACCUUUUACCACACUGCCUGCCCCGACACGACCUAUCUAUCUACCCUAAAUGCUUAUCUAUCCUAUGAUUUCCUUAGUUAUUAACGAAAAAUCGAACUUGAAACAUACGAAAUUGCGGCGUAAAUUUCGUUCUAUUGUCAGACUUUGUUAAGUUUCAGUUAUACAUAUAUUAUAAUAAUGAUAAUGAGAGAGAGAUAUCUGGUAGCAUCAGAUAGGGCGUUCAAAAUGUUACAUAUACAUAUACAAUACCUAUAUAUUUUAUAUCGUAAAUCGUAAAUCGGCGGCACACGUGGAAAAGCAUUAAAAUCGUUUACCAAUAAGUUAAUAUAGCAGAUGUAUAUAUUAAAUUAUUUAUUUAUUACUUUAUUUGAUAGC